AUGCCCAUAUCGACCAUGUUCGGCCGCGCAGUCGCCAACCGGCCCAAGGAGGCUCCCCAGCAGCCGCCUGUAGCCGCGGCGCAGCCGCCGGCAGCGUCCAACCGCGCGAGCUUCCUCGCGAGUAACGCCAGUAACGCGAGCACCGUCAGCCUGCCGAGCCUCGCGUCGACGGCAGUCAGCGCCGGGACAGUGACGACAGCGGCGACGGCAACGCGACCUGUGUCGCCACAACGUGCCUCGACGCCGGCCCCACCUCCGCCUCCUCCUCCUCCUCCGCCGCCGCCGUCUGCCUACCCCAACGCCAACAACGCCCGCCCCAACCCCGGCUCGUCGGCGUCAUCGGGAUCGGCAACCUCGGCCCCCUCACCAGCGCAGGUGGCUGCCGCAGCGGGUAUCGCGGCCGCCGCGGCCGCCGUGGCCAACUCGCGGGCUGCGGCGUCGCCGACACCCUCGCGCCCGCGGACACUGCCGCGGGAAGUUCAGCCGGGCCAGGUGUCAAGCGCGGUGCAGAGCCUGUCGGCGCCCUCGCCAGCGGCAGCCCUCCGACGCACCUCGCUGCCCGCUGUCGGCCUGUCGCUCGACGACGACAUCGGCGCCACGCUCCGCGUCAUGGUGAGCCGGCAGGCGUCUCUCGACGCCGUGGUGGGCGAGCUGCGAUCAGAACUCCGCGAAGCCCGCGCCCUCAUCCGCGAGCUGGUCGAGCGCGACCGCAAGCGCGAGCGCGAGGACAAGACCAAGAGCGUAACUAGCCUUGCGGUGGCGGCGCCGGUGCGUCGUCUGCGCCGUGGGAGCCAUGGGCACGAGGCGGAUGACGAGGGGUCGGAUGCUGAGCUAGCGCGGCCGUUUACGCCGAGCUUGUCUCGCUCUGCCGCCUCGACGUCAUUGACGUCCAUCCACAGCGUUUCAACGUCCACGCUGGCUCCGAUCGAAACGCGCUACGCCCAUGUUCCUCCGCACCAUCUCGCAGCUGCCAUGGGCGGCACGCUAGCGCCGGAGCUCUUGGCGGUUCUCCUCAACCCUGCAAGUGGGCUGUUCCAUGAUGCGCCGUCCGGCGGCGGAAUAACCUUGGUCGCCGACGACCGUGUGAGCACCUCUGGCCGCGGGGUGUCGUUCAAGGCCGUGCCAAACAAGUCGGGCACCGACGUGGUAUCAAAGUUCACUGGCCAGAUUCCUGACAUUGCCACGUUCCUCGUGGCGUGGAAUGCGCUGACGGCGCUCAUGUGUGCCGGUCUCAGCAAUGGCGCCUCCCAGCAUCAGCACCACCACGAGCCGCUGUCCGCAAGCCCCGAGACACCGUCCCACAUGCCCCCGCGUGCUGGCGCCGCAGCCGGCGUGGCCCUCGUGCGCGCGAUGCAGGAGUACGCCGAGUGGAUUGCCGACUGCGCGACCAGCCACACGUGGGACAGCGUCGCGCGGUACCAUCUGCGGUUCUGCGCGCCGCGCUUUGCGCCCGCCACGGGCGGCGCGGCCGACCCCGCGCUCUGGGCGUUCCCCGCCGACCCGCGCCUGACGGUGCUCCUCCGCCCCAUCCCCACAGCGUACCCCGUCACGGUGGCGGUCCACCGCCCGCUCCGCCGCGAAAGCCUGCUCGGCGUGGGCGGGGGAGGCGGGGGAGGCGCACCGCGUUCCCCGCUCGCGCCGCGCGCCAACCCCCCGCGAAGGAUCAGCGUGCGGAGCCCGCAGUCGUCGUAA